AUGGGUCAUUUCUACCUUCUAUUAGUCACCUGGAUUAUUUUAAGUCCUGGCCGGGAUUGCUUUAUAAACUUACUCCAUCACCUGAGAAAAGAGCUUAAAUUUGAGUAUGCCUUUUUGCUGGGGAACUCGGAUACAGUUUGGCCGGAGCUCUUGUGGCAACUUCCAGCUCCCAUUAUCCAGAUCGAUAAGCAAUCCAAAGACGACAUUGAUAUUGGUAAAAAUUAUUCUCACAACGCCCUGACAAUUGCUUUUGUAAACGAAUCCCCGAAAGAAAUUCUGGAGCUCUUAUACUUGAAUCUACGAAUGUUAAAUACCAUGCCAGUGCUCUUGGUUUUAAAGAAAAGGACAAGACGAAUAAAUUCAUUGCUGGAGUGGUGUUGGCACCAUCAGCUCCUUAAUGUCGUGGCUAUUGACCAAGACUUUGAGGUGUCUUCGAUUGUCUACAGCUACAUACCAUUUCCCAUCGUGCAGUUUAUUAAGAGGCCUUGGGACAACAGUACGAAAAUAUUCGAAGCGCGUUUGGAAAAUCUCCAUGGCUAUCGAGUGCCUUUUGUUUUGGGUGGAUCUUCGCCCCGAUUGAUUGUGUACCGCGACUUGGCUGGGAAACUAACCUUUACAGGACCUGUGGGUAAUCUCAUCAAGUGCUUUGAGCAGCGUUUUAAUUGCAGACUGGUGCAGCCGUAUCCAUUUAACGAAUCCGCUGUUCCCCCGGCCCGACAACUACUUGGAGCGGUGCGAAAUGGCAGUGUCCACUUCGCCCUGGCUGCUAUUUAUGCCCUAAAUCCGUUUACCGGAUACUCGUACCCCAUUGAAUUGACGAGCUGGUGCCUGAUGAUGCCGGUGCCAGCGGAGGUGGCUCACAGUCAGCUGUACAGCAUGGUGUUCAGACCAUCGGCAUUUUGGAUCACUCUCCUUGUCAUGGUGCUGAUUUCAUUGACGCUAUCCCUUGCUCUCCAUCUGCACGGAUAUCGAGUUUAUUACAGUGAGUUUUUCCUUCACGAUAGCUGCCUGAGGGGAGUCCUGGCCCAACCCUUCUUCGAGGUUCUGCGAGCACCUGCCCUGGUGCGGGGCAUUUAUCUGGGGAUCUGCGUACUUGGACUACUGAUCACCUCCGCGUACAACUCGUACUUUUCCACCUAUGUGACCAGUGCCCCCAGACUUCCGCCGUUCACCAACUACGAGAGUAUUGAGCAGUCUAAUGUGAAGGUGGUGAUCUGGACACCGGAAUACGAAACGCUUCGAUCCUACUCGAACAACAUGGAUAAGUACUUGUCUAUCUUUCAGUUGCAACCGGACUACAAGCGGUUCCUGCAGUUGCGGGACUCCUUCGACACCAUACCUCUGGAGAAGUGGUCACUGGUGAAGGAGCAGCAAAAGGUAUUCAGUUCCCCUUUGUUCAGUCUACGCGACGAUCUCUGCGUUUUACACACGGUUCCCAUUGUGUUUCCCAUCGCAAAUAACACGAUAUUUCGGGAACCCCUGGAUCGCCUCAUUCUGGACGUGACUGAAAGUGGUCUUCUCCUAUACUGGCGCGACAUGGCCCUAACGGAAAUGAUCAAGGCCGGCCAAUUGGAGCUCGAAGAUCGAAGUAAACCAACGAAAUUUCGGGCUAUGAAAGUAGAGGACCUGGAGCAGAUUUGGUGCAUGGCAGGAUUGAUGCUUGGUCUGGCAACAUUAGUUUUUCUUCUUGAGUUGAUUUGUUUCUGGCGGCUUAGGAUGUGGCAAAAAAUCAUAGGUUUUUUCAACGCAUACUAA